GUGAAGUGAUAACUAGCCAGAGGUAAACCCCUUCAUACACAACUCCUCCCCCGAUCUUCACUUCACUUUGUCCUACAGGAAAACAUACGUACACACUGGUUAGAAGUGUUAAGCCAUGUGGGUGAAGAUUCUGCCCUCUCUAAAGAUGGGCACCUUGUGGUUCACCUCCUUGUGGUAUCUCCUCUUCUUCCUCUUAACCUCAGAGGAAGCCUGCGCAGAGUCUGUCAUAAAAAGUGUGCAACUCAUUAUCCAUCCAAGAAACGAAGUUGAAAGAGGUACAAAUGUGUCAUUGAUAUGUCAUGCAGAAGUCAGCCACAGCCCGGGGUCUCUCCCCAUCUAUGAAUACAACAUCUACAAAGAUUUUAAGCUAUUAAAUACUGACCAGGCGAAUUCUAAGGACUACCAAUACUCUAUACCAGAUGCCAGAAUGGCUGACUCUGGGAAAUAUAAAUGUGAGGUUGUCAUUAAGGAGCAAAAGAAGGAGAGCCUUGUCGAAGACCUGACCGUGAAAGGUCUUCAGACACCAGUCCUAACAGUGGAUAAACUGAAACUGAUAGAGGGAAAUCAUGUUAAUUUUAACUGUACAGCAGAGGGAGAAAGAGGUCUUCUUAGAUUUUUCAUUCGUGAUGGAUCUCAGGAACUCUACACAGAGCUCACAUAUAGUCGCAGAGUUGAUUGGCAGCUAAAUCUUCCUAAAGGAACUGUGAAUAUAUUUUGCUACUAUUCUAUUACAUUACGUAGCACAGAACUCUCUAAUGUCAGUAAUGUAAUCCGUCUUGACAUUCAAGAGCUGGAGAUCAAUCCUAAUAUCGAAGUCAUCCCAUCAAAAAAUGUCACUGAAGGAGAUCUCAUAACCUUCAGCUGCAGUGUUGAUACAACUUACCAAAGAAAUUCUGAUCCAAUAAUCACUCUUAGCCAUGGACAUAUCGUGCUCAGUUCAAACAUGACAAAGACAGAUUACAAAGUGUAUGCUAAGGCUAAUGAAUCUGGGGAAUAUGAGUGCACCUCACGUCUUGGUAGUGUUUCUAAAGUCUCCGCUAUGAACAUCUCUGUAAAAGAGCUUUUCUCCAUGCCUGUCCUGAGCAUCCCCCCAGCUAAGGUUUUUGAGGGAGAACAUUUCAGCAUCAGCUGUCAAAUAAACAGCUUAGCCUCAGAAAGGAUUCGAAUGGAUGAUAUAAGGUACUCUAUAUUACAAGACAAAACACCUGUAAUAAAUGGUAGCCUAUACAAUGGCACUGCAGGCAAAGCAUCCAAUGGGAAAUAUAUAUGUGUUGCUGAAGCCAAGGGGAUUAUCAAAAAGAGCAGGAUGGUGCUGUUUGAAGCAGAAGUUCUCGUUUCAAAGCCUGAGAUCUCAGUUUAUGGUCCUGUUAUCGUGAAUAAGCCAUUUUGGAUACAUUGCCAUUCUUACAAUGGAAGUCUGCCAAUUAUCUACUCACUAAAGAGAAACAACAUCACCCUGAACAAGACUGAAGUAUCUGACCUUCAUGAGAAUGCUCGUUUUUUAGCCAUGAUAUCAACUCCUUUAGACAUCAGCAGUUACAUGUGUGAAGCAGAGAAUAACGGCCAAGUCUCAAGAAAGAUGAGUGAAAGGCUACGUGUGACUGUAAUAGUUCCAGUAGGGAAGCCUUUACUGACAAUCAUUCCAGUUCCAGAAAACAUUGAAGAGGGCAGUGAUGUUACCCUCAUAUGUAACAUUGCAAAAGGCUCACCACCUAUCAAUUUUAGUUUUUAUGGAGGCAGUGGCACAGAAAUCUACAGCACCACAGUUCAAAGUAAUUCAUCCUCAUAUGUUCUGAGUGCCGUAAAGAGACAGCAAAGUGGAAAUUAUUACUGUGAGGCAAAUAACCAGGCACAAUCUUUGAUAAAGAGUGACACAGUCUCUGUCGAAGUGAGCCUGGCAACGUGGAAAAAAGCUUUGAUUGCUGUAUUCUGCAUGCUGGUAGUGGCCCUACUGGUCCUUUUCAUCGUGAGGCACUACAAGGCCAAGCGAGUGGUGGUGAAUAACAAAGAGAGUGUUUGGAGUGAAAGACUUCCAGAUGUUGCUGACCAGGACAGCCUAGUGUCCACAAACGAAGGUGACAUAGAGUACACAGAGGUGGUUCAUCUGCAACCUGUAGAUCCUACACAAAUUCCUCGGAAAAAAGGCACAGAUACUGUGUACAGUGAGCUUCAAACCACUCAAGGGGCUACUGAACAUGUUAACCAUGAAGACCUGUUAGAAUAUGCUGAACUCAGCCAUGAUCUUCCUGAACCAGUGGACUGAUAGAAGUCAGUCAACAUCCCUCACCUCCCUCUGGACUACUGUGGCCUAUGUGCUAUCAUUGUGCUAUGUGCUAUAUGUGCUAUUAUUUGUCCUAUUUGUCACAGUGCUAUACUAUUAUGUGUAUAGUCUGUACUUUCUCUCUUUGUUUAAAUAUAUUGUGUCUGUGUCUGUGAAGUUUAAAUUAAUAAUCAGUUGUAUUUUUGUACCCUGUGUACACUGCAUGGAAUGAUGUAAUGCAAACUGCAACAACAGUUAGUUGGACAUCAGCUCACAUUAGAGAUAAAGUCAUGCAUUUAUCUUCGGCCAAAAUGCUUUCAUUUACUGACAAAAAUAAUCUAACUUUUAGCAUUAGCUAAAGGAAACCAAAACAAAGAAUUUCCCUUUGGGAUCCACUGGGAGAAGAUGAUAAUGGCUAGUGAAUACCAGUCCCACCCACAUCAAUUAGCUCAUCCAGCCUGACAUCACUAAGUGUACAUACAGAAAGCUUCACAAAUUUCGGCAUCCUUGGUAUAAUAGGGAAACAUGGAAAUGUGUCUUUGGUAAUACAUUUCAAUAAUUCAAUAAAAAAAUUCAUUUGCUAAGUAUUCUCCUAUAAUGUGUAACAAGGUGGAUGAACAUCUGUCAAGAAAUGUGAGACCAUUCCUCCAUACAGACAUUUCUCCAGAUCCUCCAGUUUCAGAGGUCCUUGUGGAGCUUAUUACACGGGUUGUAUUUGAAGUUUGUGUCAAGGGACUGCUAUGUACUAUGGGCUGUGAAUUAUUUUUGUGUUGAUAUUGAGAUGUACUUUGGAUCAUUGUCCUGUUGAAGGAGCCAACUAGAGUCCAGUUAACUUUUGCUGUGUCAUUGAGGUGUUAAUUUAAAAUCUGUUAUGAUUAUAUUAGGUUAAGCUAACAUGUAUCCUAAUAUGUUGUCCAUGGCCUUUGGCCUUUCUGUCUGCACCAAAAAAAUAAUCAUUUUGGUGUCAUCUGUUAGCAUUUGUUUUCCUUAGCUGACGAUUCUUUGUUAACCAAACAGAGCUAGUGUUAGUUCUUGUUACGAAUACUUCUCAAACAACAAGAUCUCCCCAUACAGUUUAUUGAUAUUCACUGUAAAUUUGUGAAUGCUUUCCUAGAAGAGAAAAAACUUUUGAAAAACAGUCAGCUUUAAUUCAUAAUAUUCUGUUAUUUUCAUUGUAGUAAAGUUUGCUAUAUAUCAAAGUGGGGUCAUAUAGCAAUUAGUGGUAAUAAAACCAAUUUGAUCAUCAAACAAUUAUUGCCAUUUUCAUUAAAUCGUAUUGAUUCGUGAUCUAAAAAAAUAAAUAAAUAAAAAAUCCCCACAAAUCAUUGUUUUUCCAGGUCUUUCCCAUAUUGAGGAAAAACUAUAGAAAUUAGCCUGUGCGUCACCUCAUAUUUAUAUCUCAGUGAAACAGGAAGUCACGACUAAUUUUCUAACAAAUCUUCGGUGGCGUUUUAUUUUUUAUUUUUUUUUUAUUUUUUUUUCAGCCAUAUCAUUUGAAGGGAAUUAAAUCAGUUAAAGUGUAUGGACCACUUCAUUUGUCUUGGCAGUAUAAUCUUAAAUUAUGCAAUUGUAUUACAAAUAACUGUAUUAUAAAGAAAGCAGAGACACCAAUAUAGCACAGAUACUGUAGAAUGCGUCAUCCUGGGAAGAUUUGUUCUGGGUCUUGUGAAUUUUAGUGAUGCAUUGACCCUGUGAGCAUUAUUAACAGUAAUUGUUCAUAUUUUCCAAAAGUUCAACUUGCCCUUGGUGUAACACAGUUUAAUUAAGGCAAACUAUGUGAAAGGUUAUAUUAGCUACUACUAGGCUAUAUUUUACAUUUAUACAGUAGGCAUGUAGCAUUAAAUAACUAAGAAUUAAAUUGUGUUUUUGAUGUCACACAUGUAGCCUAACCUAAUUAAAAUCCUUCUUACAGCAGUUGUACACAGGCUAUAUGUGAAAACAAUAUUAAACCAUGUUUCAUAAAUGA